ACGUAAACUUUUUCAUACGGGUGAUAAUUUCCGAUCCGAUCCGUUUAUCCUUCAUCUUCACCCUAGAGACAUCUUUCAUCGUCAAGUGAAUUGCUUUCUGUCUCGCAUCACAUAUCAAUCGAUUUUCUCGAAUCUGACAUCCAAACAUUUAUAUUGUUGUCUCUUCUCGAAUCCUCUCUCACCUUCCGCGGCCACGAGGGUAUCGAUUACUUGCAACAAUACACACUUCGGCAUCUGCUGUGUAGUAUCGGUCACCAGGUCAGAUCGACACCAUGUCAUCCAUUCCUAAUAUGGCAGCGGCGGAAGAAGCACCUCCUCCCACUCAAACUUUGGCCGUCGAUCCGGUGACGGGACGAUUGGAUCCGAAUGACCCAACUGUAAAGGCGCUCACAGAGGCGGCCCUCAAUCCGGAUAAGAGCAAGAUUCCUAGACCUUAUAAGUGUCCUUUGUGUGAUAGAGCGUUUUACCGAUUAGAGCAUCAGACACGUCACAUUCGAACUCACACAGGCGAAAAGCCCCACGCCUGUAACUACCCCGGUUGCGACAAGAGAUUCUCCCGAUCAGACGAACUCACUCGUCAUGCGAGAAUACACCUACCCGUCGGAGCUGGCGGAGAGAAUGGUGGGCAGGUCAAAGGCAAGCACAGGUUUGAUGAAGAGGAGGAAGAUGACCGUCAUGCAUCCCAUCUCGGCCCAUCUUACAAUAUGGACUUUGAUCGCC